GGAACCUGGUAAGACCAUCUCUGUCUUUUGCCAGGCUCAGACAAAAGCGGACCCCAUCUCCGUCAUUUCUUUUGUUUGAACUUCGAAUCCACCGAACCUCCGAAAUCCCACCUCCGCAACCGGACACCAACCCCUCCCUGUCUGUUACUCCUCUCCACUGCACCCAGCCCAGCCCGGAAGAACAACAUCAACAACAACGCCAACAGAUUGACGGAAAACAACCUAAGUAAUUUCAUAAAGAAUAAGCAACAAUAUCAUGGCAUCAUCCUGUAAUGGUGCUUUUCGAAAUGGCAGCAGCAGCGCUCAAAGGCCACUUAAACCUCUCACUGCUUCAAAUCUCAAAUCUACCUCGUUCAAAUCCAGAGUCCAUUCCUCCCACGCUCCUCCUCCUCCUUUCCGCCGCAGCUACCCUUCCAACUUCUCCGCCGCCGCUGACGGAGUACCGGGAAGAGUUAGAGUCGCAGUGAGACUGCGGCCACGAAAUGCCGAGGAGCUAGCAGCAGAUGCGGAUUUUGCUGAUUGCGUUGAGUUGCAGCCAGAGCUUAAGAGGUUGAAGCUUCGGAAAAACAAUUGGGACUCUGAUACGUAUGAGUUCGAUGAUGUGCUUACUGAAUUUGCGUCGCAGAAGCGAGUUUAUGAAGUCGUUGCUAAGCCUGUUGUUGAGAGUGUUCUAGAUGGUUACAAUGGGACAGUGAUGGCUUAUGGUCAGACUGGUACUGGGAAAACUUUCACUCUUGGACACCUGGGAGAUGAUGACACAGCUUCUCGUGGUAUCAUGGUUCGUGCAAUGGAGGAUGUUUUAGCAGAUAUAUCUCCAGAGACUGAUUCUGUCUCAGUGUCAUAUUUGCAGCUUUACAUGGAGGCCGUCCAAGACCUUCUUGUUCCAGCAAAUGAUAAUAUUUCCAUUGUGGAAGAUCCAAAAACUGGUGAUGUUUCACUACCUGGGGCAACUGUUGUACAAAUCAGGGACCAACAGAGUAUUGUGGAGCUGCUAAGAUUAGGGGAAGCUAAUAGAAUUGCUGCAAAUACAAAGUUGAAUACUGAAUCUUCUCGUAGUCAUGCUAUUCUGAUGGUUCAUGUUAAGAGGUCAUUUGCUGGACGAGAAGAUGCUCUUUCAAGUGAAAUUGACAAUGCACCUCACUUGGUCAAACCUUCAAAACUUAUUGUUCGGAAAAGCAAGCUGGUUUUGGUAGAUCUGGCAGGUUCAGAACGUGUUCACAAGUCAGGAAGUGAGGGACAUAUGCUGGAGGAAGCCAAGUCUAUUAAUCUCUCACUCAGCGCAUUAGGAAAGUGCAUAAAUGCACUGGCUGAGAAUAGUCCCCAUGUUCCGAUUCGUGAUUCAAAACUUACUAGGUUGCUUAAAGAUUCAUUUGGAGGCACAGCAAGAACUUCGUUAAUUGUGACCAUUGGCCCAUCACCACGCCAUCGGGGGGAGACUUCAAGUACUAUAUUGUUUGGACAAAGGGCAAUGAAGGUGGAGAACAUGUUGAAAAUAAAGGAAGAGUUUGAUUACAAAAGUCUAUCUAGAAAGCUUGAAAUACAAGUGGACAAGCUCAUUGCAGAAAAUGAAAGGCAGCAGAAAGCCUUUGACAGUGAAGUUGAAAGAAUAAAUCAAGAAGCACAAAAUCGAAUUGCUGAGGUGGAAAGGAACUUUGCAGAAGCGUUAGAGAAGGAGAGGCUAAAAUGUCAGAUGGAAUACAUGGAAUCUGUCAAGGAGCUAGAGGAAAAAUUGGUAGCAAAUCAGCGAAGGCAUGAUUGUGAUGGCUUCAUCAAUGGUAAUUGCAAUGGAGAGGAGCUGGGCUCUGUUUCUGAGGAAGUUUCCGAGCUCAGAAAGUUACUUCAAAAUGAAAUUCAGCUAAGAAAGGCAGCUGAAGAUGAGCUCAACAAACUUAAGAGUCAAUUUGAACAAUUUAUGCAGCCUGGGGCUGGUGGAGAUACAGAGAUUAUAAGGCUUCACAAGAUCUUAGAGGAUGAGGCUUGUAAGAAGAAGAGUCUGGAAGAAGAAGUUGCGAUCCUACAAAGUCAGUUAUUGCAAUUGACCUUUGAAGCUGGUCAGGCAAAAGAGAGUCUUGAAAGAAGUGGAUCUGCAAUUGGUUUCAAUGGUGUAGAUUCUCGCAUGUCACAAGCUAGGCACUUACAGUUCAAAGAGACUGUGAAUGGACAGAAGGCUCCAAUUGCCCCCCUUUAUGAACACGUUGGAUUGCAAAAAAUUUUGUCGCUGCUCGAAUCAGAAGAUGCCAAUGUACGAAUACAUGCCGUAAAAGUGGUGGCUAAUCUAGCUGCUGAAGAAGCAAAUCAAGAAAAGAUUGUUGAAUCUGGUGGUCUUACUUCCUUGCUGAUGCUUCUUAGAAGCUUUGAGGAUGAAACUAUUCGCAGAGUAGCUGCAGGUGCAAUCGCCAAUCUCGCAAUGAAUGAAGCUAAUCAAGAACUAAUCAUGGUUCAAGGGGGCAUUAGUUUGUUAUCUAUGACAGCAGCUGAUGCUGAGGAUCCUCAAACUCUACGCAUGGUUGCUGGAGCUAUUGCAAAUCUGUGUGGGAAUGAUAAGCUGCAAAUGAAGCUCAGGUCUGAAGGUGGUAUAAGGGCUUUGCUAGGAAUGGAGAGAUGUGGACAUCCUGAUGUUCUUUCCCAAGUUGCUCGUGGGAUUGCAAACUUUGCAAAAUGCGAGUCCCGAGCAUCUUCUCAAGGAUUAAAAAGUGGCAGAUCUCUUCUUAUAGAAGACGGCGCACUUCCAUGGAUUGUACAAAAUGCUAAUAAUGAAGCUGCACCAAUCAGGCGCCACAUUGAGCUCGCCCUAUGCCACCUAGCACAGCAAGAAGUAAAUGCAAAAGAAAUGAUCAGUGGAGGUGCACUUUGGGAGCUAGUUCGUAUCUCGCGAGAUUGUUCUCGAGAGGACAUAAGAACCCUUGCUCGUCGGACUUUGAAUUCAAGUUCCACCUUCAGGUCUGAAAUGCGGCGGUUACGGAUAGAGUGUUAGACCACGCAUUUAGUUUCUCAUAUCCAUUUCUGGGGGCCAAUCUGGUUAUUUGAUUGCUGUAUAGAUUGGUCAAGAUUCAUGCUUCCUUCUUUGUGCUUGAUCAGUUGGAAUCCACUCGCAAUUUUUGUGUAGAGAAGCGAGACCGGAGGAUUAUAAUAUUUAUUGUUGUGCUAGUGUGUUGAUAUUUGUUGCUGAAUGGCGGGAAAGGAAGGGAAGUGGUAGUUCCGAGAUAAGAAUAGAUUUGUAGCCAUUAUGAAAAAAAAAAAA